CGUGCUGCGGAGGUGCUUGUUUCCUGACCACUCUCCCCCUGCUCGAUCAACCAACACCAAUAUAUCAAUUCGGUCAGAACUCAGCGCUUUCAUCGAUCAACAGGUGCGUGUGGUCUUUGUGCCUUGACUGCGCCUUCCCCCCCUAUGAGGUGAGUGCUUACCCACCAACCACCACCGCAUUAAGGUCCUAUUAAAAGAAUUCAGGAAGGAGAAGCUCGCAAGAGUACCCUUCCGGAGGAAUCAGCCAGACAUUCGUCGUAUUCUUCGAGGUAUCGCGUUUGAAUCUUCAAGCAACGGAAGCUCAGCUAGCGGCCGGUUGGACGGCGAAAGGAAGAAGAAAAAGAAAAAGCAAGCGUACGAAAGGGACGGUUCCCCGUGCAUGAUACAUCCGCGGCACCACAACACACUUGGGAGCAAUGAAAUCAAGUGCAGUAAAAUUUUGUGCUAUACUACUAAUAAUGCUGUCAUCAGUUGUGGUUCACACAGACUGCUGUUCUAGCAGAUCGAUGCCAAAAUCAAGACCUCGACCAGUGUCACACUUUCGCGGUGUGAUGACGUCCGCCACCACCACCUUUACGGUGAUCCGGCCGGAUGCGACCUCGUCGUCGAACCGGGAUCCACCCGAUACAGUUUCGACGGGGAUGGACUCGCGUCUCACGGGCAGUGGCGGCACGGACACUGGCGGUCUCGGCCGUGGUAUCAGCACCAGCACCGGCAUCGCAGCGAGCAAAGCAAACGACCAACAGCAGACGCAACGGAACGGUGCGUCGAUAGAGGGCACGAACGGUCGCCCACCGGGCAGGGAGGAAACAGCGAGCGGGCGCGAACGAAAGGAUCAGCUGCUGAUGCGCAUGGGCAAAUGUUCGCAACUGUUCGAGGAAAACUACUGCCUGAACGGUGGCAAGUGUUACAACUUCACGAUCGCGAACUCGACCAUGCCGACGUGCGAGUGUGCGGACGGCUUCAUGGGUGAACGAUGUGAGUCAAAGUACCUGGAUGGGACCUACCUAAGCAUGCGCAAGCCGAAGAUCCACAUCGAAACGGCGAGCAUUUUUUUUGGGAUGUUUCUUUAUUUGUUGUUGUUUUGUAUACUUUUAUACCUCCACCGCGCACCUACAGCUGAAAAUCGUUUCGAAGUGAAGCGAAAGCGUGUGAGAUAACGAGAAGGAAGGAAUAGUUAUAUUAUUUUAUUAUUAUUAUUAUUAUUAUUAUUAUAUACUGGCAUUAUUAAUCAGUCCUGUAACGAACUCUACUUUAAACCAUGAUUAUGUUGUACGCACUCAUGGGAAGGAGAAGGUGCAUUGUUUAAACUAAACGUUUUCUAUUGCAUAAUGCUUCAAAAUCGCUAAUCCCUUCUCACAAAUUUGGCGUUCGUGAGAGAAAGAACUGGAAAAGGGGUGUAUAAAAACGAAAACAACACCAUGCUUCGGAAUAACGAGAACAGAACUGAAAUUUGUUGUAACAUUCAAAUAAAGCAAACAAGAGAAAAAACAUUAUAAAAGAUUUUUAUAUUCGGUAUAGACAUUCAGACGGUGGAAACUCCUCGCUAAAAAAAACGCUGGUACGCGACAGUCUUGU